GAAUUAUUCAUCGGCAGGAAGAUAUUAGAUGUACCCGCUCCGCGCGGGCCGUCGUGCAAUGCUAUCCGAGCUCCGCGCGCGCCCUGCGCCCCUCCUCCUCCUCACGUCCGUCCUCUCUGAAACCUUGGCAGAGAAGGGGGAUCACAUUUCCUUUGUCAUCGGGCCAUUUCGCCCUCGCCUUGGUCCCCCCUCCGAUCCCGAGCCUCGGGGAUGGAGGCUCCUCUCGGGCGCGCUGGAAUCAGUGGAACCGGCAACAGCCCCGCGCGGCGAGCUCGGGAGCCGCGUGGCCAACGCCGCCGGCUCGCGCCCGCGUCAUCUUUCUGAAAGGAGUCGCCGAUCCGGACGCGGGUGGCCUCGGCCGCGCUGCGCCUACCGAGCUUUGCUCCCGCCGUGCCCCGGCCUCCUGGGGCUUUGCACAACUCCCCCAAUUCGGGUUGCGUGCGCGCGCGCGCGCCCCCUCUUUCUCUGCUUUGCCGCCUCUGCCUCCUCCUCCUCCUCCUCUUCUCCUCAGUACGCCGGUUAUUGGGACUGAUCGGAAUUCGGAAUCCUUUUAAUCUCCAAAGGAGCAAACUCACUUCCGCCCGAGUGCUGGGAGGGGGCUGGGGGAGGGGAGGCAGGGGAGGGGGCUCCAGGCAAACAGGAAACAUUAGCCCUCUCAGCACGGCCCGCUUUUGUGUGCUCCCUCCCUCCUCCCUCCAACCUCCUCCCUUCUCCCGGCCGCUGGGGAGAUGAACGCCCCCGGGCUUCAGUGUGACGACCUUUGAAACCUUCUGAGCGAGGAGCAGAGAACGACUCUUCCGUUUAUUUAAAAAAGAAAAGAAAAGAUUUCAUUCUGAAUCCCUGGCUCAACCGAGACAUAUCCACUGCCCGGGAGAUCUCGGUUUUUACCCACCUUUUCUUUUUUUCUUUUUACGUUUUUUAAAGAACUCUGCAUAUCUGAUCACCAAAACAUCACACGGUUGUGUGCAGUUGGAUGCAUGGAAUUAAGCGAGUCUGAAUUCUGAUCGGCAGAGGGGCCAGAGUUCCCUUUUGAGUUUUAAUGGGGCUGGGGGGAAGCAGGGGGCAGCUGUUCUGGGGAGGCGACCUGGUGAUGGCCCCGCAGCCAUCUGGGUGGUGCCCGAGGCCGCCUGAGCGGUUCUGGGAGAGGAACUUGCAUGGCCCUGGAGAGAGACUCACUUGGAAGGGCAAGGAGGGCCACUUAUCAGGAUUUAGGUAGUAUCUGGCCUGGAGGCCAACGGGGUAAAAAUUGUCCCCUUCUUAACACUAUCUCGCUGUUAGUGAUAUCCUAUUUAACCUGGUACAGGCAACAACCUGAUGACUCAAAAACAUCGUGUUGGGAGAGAGAAGCCAAACACAAAAGAGUUCAUACUGUGUGAUUCCAUUUCCAGGAAAUUCUAGAACAGAGAGAACUAAGCUAUGGGGAGAGGAAAAGUACCCUUGGGGGAUGAGGAGGUAUUGACUGGGAAAGGGCAUGAAGGAACCUUCUGGGGUGGUGAAAUAAAAAUAGAUUGCCGUGUAUGUACAUUUGUCAAAACUUAUAAAUGCCAUUUAAGAUCUGUGCAGGAUUUCACUGUUUAAAUUAUACUUCGAUAAGCAAUUUAAAAAAACACCUCGGUGUCCAACCUGCAUAACUAUGCCUGGAUCAUAAAGAUGGAGAAAUUUAAAAAUACACUACAUGGACCUCCCCAGCUCCUCUGGUUUUGCUCAUUGGAAUCCAUGGGAAAAUCACCCUGGAAAAAGCCCUUAAAUCAACCCAGCUGGACACAUGUGCUGAUGGCCCUAGGAAGCUGCAGAAGUACCUCUCCAAAAGGAUGAAGCCGUCUUGGGGGCCAGGGUGCUGUCCUGAGAUGGGAGCGUUUCCCAGGCUGAGGAAGAGCCUGGCAGCCCCACCAGGAACGCCUAAGCCCUCAGCUGCCCCCAGAGCUCCCUCCUCAGCACCUGGAGCAAAACGAACAUCAGUAACAUUUUCUGAAAUGUGUGAGGAGUGAAAAAUUAUUGAUCAAGUAAGACCAAAACAGAGCCCCUCCUUUGCCAAACGAAGAAGCAAACUUUGUAUAAUUUAAAAAUUAAAGAGGAAGCUUCUCAUGCCACCAUCUCUUGCCUAAACAAUGUAUUUCUUCCAUAAUUUGAGACCUGUGUAGAAACAUGAAAUGCUCAUAUGAAUCAAUGCACUUCUAUAAUUUUUUACCAUAAUUUUCUACCAUACUGGCCUUGCCAUAGAGAUGUUUCACGUAAUUUUGUUUUGUUUCGUUUCUUUUCCUUUCUUUGAUUGUUUUUCCUUCUUUUUUAAAAAACAAAAACAAGAGGAAAACAGAUGGGGGAAGAGAAUUGCCAGAAGGAAGAUGGCCCCAGAGGGUCAGAAGAGGGUUGGCCCAGACCUGCUGUCUCCCUCUUAGUUUGGCCCCACCCACCACCAAAAAAAGAAAGAAAGAAAAAGAAAAGAAAGAUGACAAGGAAAAAAAACCUCAAUCGUCCUCCUGUUCCUAAGACUCAACAUGUACUUUGAAAACGAGUAGCAGAGGUGGUACUUCAGCUGAGCCAUCACGAAGGAGCAGGAAGGCUGUAACUCCAGAAAGAGGAAUCAAACUUGACAGCGGUUUGUGGGUUUGUUUCCUGGGGACCAUUGCUCAGAGGAAAAAAAAAAAAAGGAAGAAAAGAGAGAGCGAGAAGUGGGGGUGAGGUUUGAUUUCUCAUCGUGAAGUAGCUUUCCUUCUUUCUUUUCUUGAAUUGACAGCACGUUGCCAGGAAGCAGGCCUGUGCUGUAAAUUGUUAAAUUAGCACAUUCCUAAUUUUGGUUAAGACAAUUUUUUAGCACUGGUAGGAAUGGGGGAAAUCUUUAUAUCAACCAAUUUAACCCCACUUAUAUAAGAAAUACAGCUUAUAGCUAUAAUGAUUUUUUUUUAAUAUGGCAUAGCGACGGUUAGUAUUUGAAUCUAAUAAGGCUUUAUACAGCUUAUCCAUGAGGAGCCGGAGCUACACAUCCAGAUGAGGAGCCAAAGACACAGUCCACUGCCAUAAACUACAUUGUAUUAAAUUUUUCAUUGCCAUCCUAGCUAAUAAACACCCUUUGUUAGCAAAGGAGUAGGACGCAGGCUUCCAGUUUUUCCUCCGCUCAUUUACAUUUGAAAGGGAGUCUAUAUGCCUUCAAGAAUCCUGAAAAUAAAUCAUCUUGUAUUUUAAUAAUUAACUAAGAAGAAACUAAAGGUACAAAAAACUAGCCGCAUGUGGUGGCAGGCGCCUGUAAUCCCAGCUAUUCGGGAGGCUGAGGCAGGAGAAUUGCUUGAACCCGGGAGCUGGAGGUUGCAGUGAGCUGAGAUCCUGCCACUGAACUCCAGCCUGUGUGACAGAGCAAGACUCCGCCUCGUUAAAAAAAAAAAAAAAAGAAAGAAACUAGCCCUAAAAUUAUAUAAGCAAUACAUUUUCAUUCUUUCUUGAAUUCGUCUGUAGCCAUGUUUUGUAUUCGAAGGUGACACUAGCUUCUGUCACUCUCUCAGACCUUGGGUUGGGGGUUAGGCCACAUUUCCAUCUGAGCGACUUCGCAUCUGCUUUCUUCAUCUGAUCCUUUAAUUAAAUAUUAGAUGCACCCACUUGUUUUGAUGUCAAAAUUGCACCUUUCACCAUCAUCCUCAGGGUGCAUUCAGAUAGUUUUUAAGUCCAUAAAUCACCAGAGUAUUUUUUUAAACAUUAAACAUUACAUCAUAAUUACUAUU